UCUCUAUGAUCCGCUACUGCGUUUAACGCUGGUAUCAUGGCGGCGAGCGUCGAGUUGGCAGGAAUAGUCUUCGGAACUGGGGAAAGUCACUAAAGCUGAGGAAGAAGUGGCCAGGCCGGGGAACAGGAAGUCGUGAGAAUGACCAGAAACCCCGCGGGUGUGACUGUGUCACUAGAGGCCAGCCCCUGGUAAAGCUCCGGGUCGGGCCUCUGCGUAUUUCGAAGAACCGUGUUGUGGUUCCAAACCUGGGCUCGUUAAUCGGGACUCGUUCCGCAGCGGCUCAGGACAGUCAGCUGGAUCAAGCGGGCUAAAUAGUUCACGAAACCCGCAGAGAUGUCGUCCUGGCUUGGGGGCUUCGGGUCCGGCUUGGGCCAGUCUCUGGGUCAAGUGGGGGGCAGCCUGGCUUCCCUCACCGGCCAGAUUUCAAACUUCACCAAGGAUAUGCUGAUGGAGGGUACGGAGGAAGUGGAAGAUUUAUCUAAUUCUGGAAGAAAGGAAAUUGAAGCCAUCUAUGCAGUCUUAAAAUCAGAGAAUGAAAGGCUUAAAAAACUUUGUAGUGAUCUAGAAGAAAAGCAUGAAGCAUCAGAACUUCAAAUAAAGCAGCAAUCUACAAGUUACCGAAAUCAAUUGCAACAGAAAGAGGUGGAAAUCAGUCAUCUUAAAGCAAGACAGAGCGCGCUCCAGGAUGAGCUGCAGAAACUGCAGCCAGCGGCUCAGUCGGUGCCCGCGGGGGCUGACAGUGCACCCGCAGCCGCUGUGCCAUCUUCUUCCAGUUAUGGGCUCCAUCAUCGCACUGCAGCAUUCUACGACGAUGACAUGGACUUUGGCGACCUAGUGUCAUCACAACAGGAAAUAAACAGAUUGUCAAACGAAGUCUCAAGGCUUGAAUCUGAGGUUGGCCACUGGAGGCGUAUUGCUCAGGGACAAGGAACAUGUAGCUCUGAUCAAAGUGAAAUCUGCAAACUGCAAAAUAUUAUUAAGGAACUGAAACAGAACCGAAGCCAGGAAAUUGAUGACCAUCAACAUGAAAUGUCAGUAUUACAGAAUGCACAUCAACAGAAACUGACAGAUAUAUGUCAUCGACAUCGAGAGGAAUUAAGCAGCUAUGAAGAACGAAUUGAAGAACUUGAAAAUCUAUUACAGCAAGGUGGCUCAGGAGUUACAGUAACUGAUAACUCUAAGAUGUGUGAAAUGCAGAAAACCAUUCAGGUUCUACAAACUGAAAAAGUGGAGUCUACAAAAAAAAUUGAAGAACUUCAGAAUAAAAUGAAAGACAUAAAUAAAAAAUUAUCUUCGGCAGAAAUUGACAGAGACACCUUGAGGAGAGAACAAGAACAGCUAAAUAUGGAAAACAGACAAAUAAUUGAACAGUGUGAAAGUUUGAAACUGGAAUUGAAGAGUUAUGCUAUGGAGCAAAAUGAUACUGUGACAGGAAAGGAAAGAGCUCUUCCACAGAGUUCCUCCAAGGAAGAAGUGUUUAGACCACAAGCACUGUCUGAUGCUGAAAAUGAAAUGAAACUGAGUAGUUUGAACCAGGAUAACAAUCUUGUUGAAGACAAUAUGAAAUUUAGAAUGCAUAUUGAAGCCUUAGAAAAAGAGAAGUCAUUGUUGAGUCAAGAAAAGGAAGAGCUUCAGAUAUCACUCUCAAAACUGAAUAAUGAAUGUGAAGUAAUUAAAAGUACAGGUGUGAAAGACAUGAAUUCGGAUUCAGAAUUACAUGACUUACGACUUAGGUUGGCGGCAAAGGAGCAGGAACUAAAUGAGAGUAUCAAUGAAAAAGAAAUGCUGACAGCUGAGUUAGAAGAAUUAGACAAACAGAACCAAGAAGCUACAAAGCACGUGAUUUUGAUAAAAGAUCAACUAUCAAAGCAACAAAAUGAAGGAGAUGGCAUUAUAAAGAACUUGAAACAAGAGCUAGGUGAUGAAAAAAAGAGAAGCCAUCAGCUAGAGGAUGACAAAAUGAACAUCAUUCGAGAGUUAGACCUGCAGAAAGAAAAGUUCACUCAAAGUGAACUUGUUCUAAAAGAUUUGCAUUUAACUAAGAAAAAGCUUGAAGAAGAAGUAGCAGAUUUAGUAGAUCAACUAAGCAAAGCAAAGAAAAAUAAUUUAAAUAUCCAGAAGGAGAACUUUCAACUGAAGGAACACGUAAGACAAAACGAAGAGGAAUUGUCUAGAGUCAGGAGUAAGUUAACUCAGUCUCUUAAUCAAACCUCUAACAUUCAUUUCAAAGAUGACUUACUUAAAGAAAGGGAAAGCGAAAUUAGAAACUUACAGCAGAAUCUGUCAGAAAUAAAACAGCUCAAUGAAAAUUUAAAAAAAGCUGCUUCUGAUCUCAAAAUGGAAAAUGAAAAGUUGGUUUUAGAAUGUGAAGAUGUCCGGCAUCAGUUGGAAGAAUCUAUUGCUAGUCAUAGUCAAAUAUCUCAGGAAAGAAACACUGUUGUUGAGACUCUAAAAAGGGAAAAGGGACAAGUAGAAGCAGAAAGGGAAAAAGGAGAGAUAGAAGCAGGAUGGAGUGUUUUGGAAGAAGCAAACAAGUAUAAGCAAACCACUGAGGAGCUGUCAAAUGCAAGCGAUACCUCUGCCUUGCAAUUGGAACAUAUGCAUUUACUUAAACUCAGUCAAGAGAAAGACUUUGAAAUAGCAGGACUUAAAAAGAAUAUGGAGCAAAUGGCUAGUGAUCAUAAAGAAACUAAGGAAAUUUUGUCAUCUAGUUUAGAAGAGCAGAAGCAACUGACACAAGUCAUAAGUGAGAAAGAUAUUUUUAUUGAUAAACUUAAAGAAGAGAGUUCAAAGCUACAGGAGGAAUUAGCUACAUGUUCUCAAGCCUUAAGAAAAAAUGAAAUUUUAAGGCAGACCAUAGAAGAAAAGGACAGAAGUCUUGGGUCUAUGAAAGAAGAAAAUAAUCAUCUGCAAGAAGAACUGGAACGACUAAGGGAACAACAGAGUCGAGCUCUGCCUGUGGCUGAGCCUAAAACCCUCGAAAGUGUCACAGAACUAGAAUGUGAGGUGUCUCAGUUGAAUAUAAUCAAAGAUCAUCUGGAAGAGGAGAUUAAACAUCAUCUCAAGAUAAUUGAAGAUCAAAACCAGAGUAAGAUGCAACUACUUCAGUCUCUGCAGGAGCAGAAGAAGGAAAUGGAUGAGUUUAGAUACCAACAUGAGCAGAUGAAUGUCACACACACCCAGCUUUUUUUAGAGAAAGAUGAAGAAAUUAAGAAUUUACAAAAAACAAUUGAACAAAUAAAAUCCCAGUUGCAUGAAGAAAGACAGGAUAUUCAAACAGAGAGUUCUGAUAUUUUUCAAGACACUAAGGUUCAGAGUCUUAACAUAGAAAAUGGAAGUGAAAAGCAUGACUUAUCUAAAGCUGAGACUGAGAGAUUGGUGAAAGGAAUAAAAGAACGAGAGUUGGAGAUUAAACUUCUAAAUGAAAAGAAUAUAUCUUUAACUAAACGGAUUGAUCAGCUGUCCAAAGAUGAGGUUGGCAAACUCACUCAGAUUAUCCAGCAGAAAGACUUGGAAAUACAAACUCUUCAUGCUAGAAUUUCUUCAGCUUCUUAUACCCCGGAUGUUCAACAGCAGCUGCAGGCCUACAAUAUGGAAAGAGAACAAGUAUUCGCUGUUUUAAAUGAGAAGACAAGGGAAAAUAGCCAUCUAAAAACUGAAUAUCACAAAAUGAUAGAUAUCAUUGCUGCCAAAGAAGCAGCCCUCACUAAGUUGCAAGAUGAAAAUAAGAAACUGUCCACUAGAUUUGAAAGCAGUGGCCAAGAUAUGUUUAGAGAGACUAUUCAGAAUUUAUCACGUAUCAUUCGAGAAAAAGACAUUGAAAUAGAUGCAUUGAGACAGAAAUGUGAGACUUUAUUGGCUGUUUUACAGACUUCCAGCACUGGUACUGAGGGAGGUGUUAAUAGUAACCAGUUUGAGGAGCUCCUGCAGGAGCGGGAUAAGUUAAAACAGCAAGUAAAGAAAAUGGAGGAGUGGAAACAGCAGGUGAUGACCACAGUGCAGAAUCUGCAGCAUGAGUCUGCCCAGCUUCAAGAAGAACUUCAUCAGCUUCAGGCACAAGUUUUGGUGGACAGUGAUACUAACUCUAAGUUACAAGUGGACUACACUGGCCUGAUUCAAAGCUAUGAGCAGAAUGAAACCAAACUUAAAAAUUUUGGGCAAGAAUUAGCACAGGUUCAGCACAGUAUAGGUCAGCUCUGCAAUACAAAGGACCUUCUUUUAGGAAAGCUUGACAGUAUUUCACCCCAUCUCUCUUCUGGCUUACUUAGAGCAAGUACGUCUACUUUAUCAAGUGACUCUGCCCAGUUGCUUCAACUAGAGUUAGAAAAGCUAAGAAAAUCACUGCAGGAAAAAGAUGCAACAAUUAGAACUCUCCAGGAAAAUAAUCACAGAUUGUCUGAUUCAGUUGCAGCUACCUCAGAGCAAGAAAGGAAAGAAUACGAACAAACCGAUUCAGAAAUUAAGCAGCUGAAAGAGAAACAAGAGGUUUUACAGAACUUACUUAAGGAAAAAGACCUCUUAAUCAAAGCCAAAAGUGAUCAGUUACUUUCUUCAAAUGAAAAUUUCACUAACAAAGUUAAUGAGAAUGAGCUUUUGAGGCAGGCAGUAACAAACCUGAAGGAGAGAGUAUUAAUUUUAGAAUUGGAAAUUGCUAAACUAAAAGUGGAAAAUGAAAAAAUAAUCGAAACAUCCAUGGCAAAAGAAACAGAAUACCAAGCAUUGCAAGAGACUAACAUGAAGUUCUCUAUGAUGCUUCGAGAAAAAGAAUUUGAAUGCCACUCAAUGAAAGAGAAGGCUCUUGCUUUUGAGCAACUGUUGAAAGAAAAAGAACAGGGCAAGACUGGGGAGUUAAAUCAGCUUUUAAAUACAGUUAAAGGAAUGCAGGAGAAGACGGUUACAUUUCAACAGGAGAGAGACCAAGUCACAUUGUCCCUGAAACAGAAACAAAUGGAAAACAAUGCCCUACAGAAUGAGGUUCAACAUUUACGUGACAAAGAAUUACGGUUAAACCAGGAACUAGAGAGAUUGCGUAACCAUCUUUUAGAAUCAGAAGAUUCUUAUACCCGGGAAGCUUUGGCUGCAGAAGAUAGAGAGGCCAAACUAAGAAAGAAAGUCACGGUAUUGGAGGAAAAGCUAGUUUCAUCCUCUAAUGCAAUGGAAAAUGCGAGUCAUCAAGCCAAUGUGCAGGUAGAAUCAUUGCAGGAACAGUUGAACAUGGUCUCCAAGCAGAGGGAUGAAACUGCACUGCAGCUUUCUGUCUCUCAGGAGCAAGUGAAGCAGUACGCUAUGUCAUUAGCCAACCUGCAGAUGGUUCUAGAGCACUUCCAACAAGAGGAAAAAGCUAUGUAUUCUGCUGAAUUAGAAAAGCAAAAACAACUUAUAGCUGAAUGGAAGAAAAAGGCAGACCAUCUAGAAGGAAAGGUGUUAUUUUUACAGGAGCAUUUGGAUGAAGCAAAUGCUGCUCUGGAUUCAGCAUCAAGACUUACAGAACAGUUGGAUGUAAAGGAAGAACAGAUUGAAGAACUUAAAAAACAAAAUGAGCUCCAACAAGAAAUGUUGGAUGAUGCACAGAAGAAAUUGAUGAACUUAGUAAACAGCACAGAAGGAAAAGUGGACAAAGUCCUUAUGAGAAAUCUCUUCAUUGGUCAUUUCCACACACCAAAAAAUAAGCGUCAUGAAGUGUUCCAGUUAAUGGGAAGCAUCUUGGGUAUUAAAAGGGAGGAAAUGGAGCAGUUGCUUAAUGAAGAUCAGGGAGGUGUCACUAGGUGGAUGACUGGGUGGCUUGGAGGAGGAUCGAAAAGUGUCCCCAACACUCCACUGAGACCAAAUCAGCAAUCUGUGGUUAAUAGUUCUUUUUCAGAACUUUUUGUUAAAUUUCUAGAAACAGAAUCUCAUCCAUCUAUUCCACCACCAAAGCUUUCUGUUCAUGAUAUGAAACUUCUAGGUUCACCAAGAAGGAGAGAACUAAAUUCAAAUGUAUCAGAAUCCUUGAAAGAUACAGCAGAAUCCAGGGCUGGUAGAAGAACAGAUGUGAGUGUAUUCUUGGCUCCCCGCUCUGCAGCGGUGCCUCUUGUUAACCCAUGUGGACUUGGGCCUGGUGCACCUGGCCAUCUUCUUUUGAAGCCCAUCUCAGAUGUGCUGCCCACAUUUACGCCUUUGCCAGUGUCACCUGACAACAGUGCUGGAGUUGUACUAAAAGACCUUUUAAAGCAAUAGGUGAUUCUCUAGCCAGAGAUGUUAAGCACUUUAAAGAAACCAUCAACACUAUGUGUAUAUACUUUAUCACAAAGUGGCCUUUUGGAAGAAGUCAUGCAUUUGUUUGCAGUUGUAAUUUCCCUAAAUUUAAUAAAAAUAUUCUUAGUUGCUUUAGAAAUUACAGGUGUCAGAGAAGAAAUGUUUGCUAUGUAAUCUACUUUUAUUUUCUUCUGGGGUUUAUUCUAACUUAACCUAGAAACAUUUUA